GAUCUCACUCGAAGCGAUUUACUGGUCUCUCAUCAACGUAUUCGAGAAAUGCCUAUCGAUCAGCAAGUGAAAGCACAACUUUUUAAAGCGCGGGUCGUUGCAACGGAUGAUAUAGCUAGAUUGGUUCCGUCCAUAAGUCGCAACGAGCUUUUCGAGUAUCUCCAACAGUGUGCCCAUUUAGUUCAAGGUGUUUGGGUUUUCCAGUCAGAGUUUUUAUACCAUGAUCUCACCGCUGCGCACUCCAUUACACCAGGAAAGCUGGAUGAACAUCGCGCCGAUAUGUGGCGAUGUGCCCGUGAUCUCGCGUUAUGCCUUCUCGAUGCAGGACGAACCGUCACUCGGUCUCUGCUUACAAGAUGUUUUCAAAUAAAUUCGAGAGAUGCUGAAGAAAUCCUGUCAUCAUUUGCAGUACCUGGAAAUAGAUCUUGGAAGUUACGAAUUACUCCGGAUCCACUUUUCUUGGAAAGUAAGCUGUAUACUUAUCGUUCAUUCGCGAAGCCCAUGGUGGAUGUUCAUACUCUGCGUCAGUCGCGAGCGAUGAGCGACGGUGGAAUGCGUCGCUAG